UCAGUCUAAAAGUAGCAAUGGCUACCACAAUGCCCUUUGCCCUAUUCCAGCUUUAUGCUCUUCUUCUUCUUCCUCUUCUUCUUCCUCCUUUGGCUGCGGCUGUGCCUAGCCGUCACUAUGCAGCUCCAUUUAACAGGACUGUUUACCCAUCUGAUUUUGUUUUUGGAGCUUCAUCUGCAGCCUACCAGAUUGAAGGAGGAGCUCUUGAAGAUGGCAAGGGACCCAGUAUCUGGGAUACAUACACUCACCAACACCCAGAAAAAAUUUGGGACAGAUCCACUGGAGAUGUUGCUGAUGACUUCUACCAUCGUUAUAAGGAAGAUAUACGUCAGCUUAAAGAAGUUGGAAUGGAUGCUUUCAGAUUGUCGAUCUCAUGGUCUCGGAUUUUACCACGUGGGAAGAUUAGUGGAGGAAUUAAUCAAAAAGGCGUUGAAUUCUACAACAAUGUCUUCAAUGAGAUAGUAGCACAAGGUAUGAAGCCAUUUGUCACUCUUUUCCACUGGGACCCUCCCCAAGCGCUGGAGGAUGAAUAUGAAGGAUUUUUAAGUCCUAAAAUAGUGGACGAUUUUAGAGACUACACAGAUCUCUGCUUCAAGUUAUUUGGUGAUCGCGUGAAAUUCUGGAUCACCUUAAACGAACCAUUGUCCUUUAGUAUGAACGGAUACACCACCGGAACCUUUGCACCGGGAAGAUGCUCUCCCUAUGUCGGCAACUGUACCAAGGGAAACUCCGCCACAGAGCCCUAUAUCGUAGCACACAACUUGCUUCUUGCUCAUGCUGCUGCUGUUAAAGUUUAUAGAGAUAAAUAUCAGAAGUCACAAAAGGGGCAGAUUGGAGUGACACUUGUGACCCACUGGUUUGUGGCUAAGACCAAGACAGCUGAAGGCCUCAAGGCUCCUUUUAGGGCUCUUGAUUUCUAUUUAGGAUGGUUUUUGGAUCCCAUCACGUAUGGUGAGUACCCGGCAAGCAUGAGAGCUUUGGUGGGGCGACGGCUUCCAAAGUUUACCCCAGAAGAAAUAAAGCUGGUGAAAGGCUCGAUCGAUUUCUUAGGGAUAAACUAUUACACUACAUAUUACGCAGCUCCUACGUUGUCAUUCAACGCAGUUAAUCUCAGCUACACAACAGACAAUCAUCUCGCUCUCACUCCUGACAAGGAUGGCGUACCACUCGGCACACCUACCCCAUUGAACUGGCUAUUCAUUUAUCCCAAAGGAAUCAGAAUGCUUAUGCUCUACAUCAAGAAUAAAUACAAGAACCCACCCGUUUAUAUCACUGAAAAUGGUGUGGCUGAGGCAAAUAACAGCACAUUGUCGGUGGAGGAAGCCCUGAAAGACACUAUAAGGAUAAAAUACUACGAGGGUCACCUAUGGUUCCUACAAAAAGCUAUCAAGGAGGGAGCAAAUGUGAAGGGGCAUUUCGUGUGGUCAUUCCUUGAUUCUUACGAGUGGGAUGCUGGGCACACUGUUCGGUUUGGCAUCACGUACGUGGACUACAAUAAUCUCAAAAGAUACCACAAGAAAUCUGCUUAUUGGUUCCAAAACUUCCUCCUCAAAUCACCUACCAAAUAAGCACGUACGUACCAGGCCACCUACUUUCAAGUUUCAACUCCCCAAUAAUAUUACCCGUUCCUCUCUAGGGGUUCACCAGUGUGUUGCUGUAAUAAAUGCUUGAUGUACGAGUAAUAUAUAUAUAUUAU